AUGGAUGACGAACUUACCGCUUUUCGACAAAGGAAAAUCGUCGACGCUUUUCGUCAUGCUUGGAAGGGCUACAAAACAGAUGCUUUUGGUAAAGAUGAAUACCAGCCUCUCACUCAUGCCGGCCAUAGUUGGGCGCCUGGUGGCAUUGGACUUAUGAUUAUCGAUGCGCUUGAUACCAUCAUGUUGAUGAACCUUACAGAUGAAUAUCAAGAAGCCCGAUCGUGGAUUGUGCAUCAUCUCGAUUUUGAAAAACAUCAAGAUGUGAAUGUAUUCGAAACCACUAUCCGGGUGUUAGGUGGUUUAUUGGCUGCCUAUCAUCUCUCCGGUAACGACCCUGUCUAUCUGGAGAAGGCCGUUGAUUUAGGCGAUCGCUUAUUGCCGGCCUUCCAUAGUGGUUCGGGUGUACCGUUCUCUGGUGUAUUUUUGGCAAGCGGUAGUGCCAAGAGUUUUGGCCCUAGUAGUACGGCGGAAGCAACAACAGUGCAGAUGGAAUUCAAGUAUCUCAGUCAUUUAACAGGGGAUAUGAAAUAUUGGAACGCGGUCGAAAAAGUAAUGGACCAUAUGCAUGCAUUGGUUCAUACGGAAGGCUCUGGAGCUUUGAACGGUUUGGUUCCCAUUUAUAUUGAUCCUGUAUCUGGACGAUUUGCAUCGAAAGAGAUUCGUUUAGGUUCACGUGGAGAUAGUUAUUAUGAAUACCUUUUGAAGCUUUAUCUACAGACCGAUAAAACAGAAAUCAGAUAUAAAGAAAGAUAUGAGCAUGCUUUAGAAAGUGUGAAAAAGCAUCUCGUUCAAUACAGUUACCCCAACCAUUACAUGUACAUUGCUGAAAUGUUGGAUGCGUCGGAUCCUACAGCACACCAUCCAAAAAUGGACCAUCUCGUUUGCUUUUUAGGUGGAAACGUCGUGUUGGGCAUCACGGAAGGCGCACCACUGGAUCAGUUGGACCCUUUGGAUACGAAAGAAAUGGAGGAUUUGCACUUGGGCGAAGAAUUAACGAGAACAUGUUAUCAAAUGUACAGAAUGACAGCCACUGGUUUGGCGAGUGAGAUUGUUUACUUUAAUAAUAAGAAGGAAAGUCAAAAAGACGAUCCUGAUAUGGAGAUUCAUGUGAGAGAUCGACAUAAUCUCCUGCGACCUGAAACGGUAGAAAGUCUCUUCUUACUGUACAGAUUGACAGGGGAUAACAAAUAUCGUGAAUGGGGUUGGAAUAUUUUUGAGGCCUUUGAAAAAUAUACAAAACUUCCUGAAGGUGGUUAUACAGCUUUGAAAGAUGUCACAGUCAUUCCACCACCUCGUGAUAAUAGAAUGGAUACCUUUUUCUUGGCGGAAACACUGAAAUACCUUUACCUAUUGUUCAGCCCAGAUGACAUUAUACCUUUGGAAAACUAUGUUCUUAAUACGGAAGGACAUCCUUUGCCUGUGUUUUCUCCCAAAAACAAAUAA